AUGUCCUCAGCAAAAGCAUUCAAAGAACUGAAAAAAUCCAUCUCAAUUGCACAAAUUUUGAAGUCCCAAAUUAACAGCUCUCGCCGGAUCCACAGUCCACCAAUUCGACAGAUCUAUUGUCCUUCAAGUUGCCCCAGCCAGAUUCUUCGUCCUUCAAAGUCCAGAUCCGCCGUCCUUCAAGUUGCUGCCAGUGAAUUUGCUGAGGAAGAAGGCAGCAUCGCCGACGAAUGCGGAGUCUCGGUGCCCCUAACAGCAGAAAUUCGAGACGAGAAUAAUACAUUAUCAAUUCAAGACGAGAAUAACAGCAGAAUUCGCGGCUCCUGUGGCGGCGGCGACGCCACCACCGUCGAAAGACGGGCUCCACAAAUCGGAGAAUAA